UGUCCAGAUUGCCUCGCAAAGUGCAAACAAAUUUCGUCUUUGUAUUUUCAAUCCGGUGUAAUAGAAAUGCCGGAUAUAAAAAUUACACCACUCGGUGCUGGACAGGAUGUUGGGCGUAGUUGUAUUCUUGUCUCCAUGGGUGGCAAAAAUAUCAUGCUGGAUUGUGGAAUGCACAUGGGAUUCAAUGAUGAGAGACGCUUCCCAGACUUUUCCUAUAUAGUUCCAGAAGGACCUGCGACCAAUUAUAUCGACUGUGUCAUUAUCUCUCAUUUUCACUUAGAUCAUUGCGGUGCUCUUCCAUAUUUUACAGAGAUGGUAGGUUACACUGGACCAAUUUAUAUGACACAUCCAACUAAGGCUAUUGCGCCAAUCUUAUUAGAAGACAUGAGAAAGGUUGCAGUUGAGCGUAAAGGCGAAAGUAACUUUUUCACAUCACAAAUGAUAAAGGAUUGCAUGAAGAAAGUUAUCGCUGUUACGCUUCAUCAAUCCGUCAUGGUAGAUUCAGAAUUGGAAAUAAAAGCAUAUUAUGCUGGACACGUUCUCGGUGCAGCCAUGUUUUGGGUUCGUGUAGGAUCACAAUCUAUUGUAUACACAGGAGACUAUAAUAUGACGCCGGAUCGGCAUUUAGGUGCUGCAUGGAUAGACAAAUGCAGGCCAGACUUGUUAAUUUCAGAAUCAACAUAUGCAACCACGAUUAGAGAUUCAAAAAGAUGCAGGGAAAGAGAUUUCCUCAAGAAAGUACAUGAAUGCAUUGACAGAGGUGGAAAGGUGCUGAUUCCUGUAUUCGCUCUCGGUCGCGCCCAAGAACUGUGUAUACUUUUGGAAACGUAUUGGGAAAGAAUGAAUCUGAAAGUACCAGUUUAUUUCGCACUUGGUUUAACCGAAAAGGCCAACAAUUAUUAUAAAAUGUUUAUCACCUGGACUAAUCAGAAAAUUAAAAAAACGUUUGUACAACGGAAUAUGUUUGAUUUUAAGCACAUAAAACCGUUUGAUAAAGCGUAUAUCGAUAAUCCAGGUGCGAUGGUGGUGUUUGCUACGCCAGGAAUGUUACACGCCGGUCUCUCUCUCCAGAUCUUUAAGAAAUGGGCACCUAACGAGUCCAACAUGGUUAUCAUGCCAGGUUUUUGCGUACAAGGUACCGUGGGGCAUAAAGUUUUAAACGGUACGCGAAGAAUAGAGUUCGAGAAUCGACAGAUCGUGGAGGUAAAGAUGGCCGUGGAGUACAUGUCCUUUUCUGCUCACGCUGAUGCAAAAGGAAUAAUGCAGUUGAUACAGUAUUGUGAACCGAAGAAUGUUAUGCUGGUGCAUGGAGAAUUCGCUAAGAUGGAAUAUUUGAAGGAGAAAAUCAAACAAGAAUUCGGCGUUAGUUGCUAUAAUCCUGCAAACGGCGAAACUUGUAUUAUCACGACCACAUCCAAAGUUCCCGUAGAUGCUUCUCUAGCAUUGCUGAAAGCCGAAGCAAAGAGAUACUCGGCCUUGCCGCCUGAUCCGAAAAGACGGAGAUUGCUUCACAGUGUCCUGAUGUUGAGAGAAGAUGGUGUUUGUCUUGUAGAUGCGGAUGAGGUUGCAAAAGCUGCAGGUAUCACAAAACAUGUGGUCAGAUUCACAUCUACUGUACAAGUAAGGGAUCCCGGUCCAGCGCAAGCUACUACCUUAAAACUAUUGCAACCAUUGAAAGAAAGACUAUCCGGAUGGACGGUUCAAUUAACGGACGGUUCUAUAUCAGUCGAGUCUGUUUUAGUAAAGGUGGAAGGAGAUGAAGAUGACCAAAAGAGUGUUUACGUUUCAUGGACUAAUCAGGAUGAAGAUUUAGGUAGUUAUAUUCUUGGAUUUCUGCAAACAAUGCUGAAUUAAAGAAACGGACAAAUUAUUGUUAAACAAAAUUUCGACCUGUGAUAUUGAAAUGUGGUUUACAUUAUCACUAUUAAAUGAACGAUUGUAAAUCUAUUUUGCAACUUGACGCUAAUGGAGGUAAAAAUAUAUUUUCCAAUAACACAUUAUGUUAAACAUUAGAUGACGGUUAUACAAUAUUUUUUUUUAUGUUUUGGACGUUUGUAUUUACCUGAAUAGAA